AUGGUUAACUCCUGUUGUGGCUCUGUCUGCUCUGAGCAGGGCUGUGAUCAAAGUCCCUGCCAGGAGAGCUGCUGCCAGACCACUUGCUGUCGCCCAGUUUGCUGCCAGACCACCUGCCGCCCCAGCUGUGGAGUGUCCAGCUGCUGCCAAACCACCUGCCGCCCCAGCUGCUGCUGCCAGCCCAGCUGCUGCCAGCCCAGCUGCUGCCAGCCCAGCUGCUGUGUGUCCACCUGUUGCAGACCCACCUGCUGUGUGUCUAGCUGUUGCAGACCCAGCUGCUGUUGCAGGCCCACCUGCUGUGUGUCUAGCUGCUGCCAGCCCAGCUGCUGUGUGUCUAGCUGUUGUAGGCCCAGCUGCUGUUGCAGGCCCAGCUGCUGUGUGUCCAGCUGUUGCAGACCCAGCUGCUGCCAGUCUGUGUGCUGCCAGCCCAGCUGCUGCCGCCCCAGCUGCUGCAUCUCCAGUUGUUGCCGUCCCAGCUGCUGUGUGUCCAGCUGCUGCCGUCCCUGUUCUGGUGGUUCCAGCUGUUGUGGGUCCAGCUGCUGCAGGUCUCAGUGCUGCAUCUCCAGCUGCUGCCGCCCCUCCUGUUGCCAGACCACCUGCUGUCGUCCAGCAUGCUCUAGCAGUUCUUGUUGCUGA